CACCCCCGCGCCAGGACCGGCUCAGCUUCCCGCCCUUACCCCCCUCAAGCGGCGGGCGGGAGGGGGGGGGGGGGUCUGCCGGGCAAGGCGGCAUUGUUGGCCGCGUCCAUCACUCCCCCCCCGUCCGCGGCUGACAUAAUGAAUGCGCUUGGACACACCUUCCAGCCCGGCGAAGAGGAGCGCCGCGUCUCCACGGACAGCCCCGCCGAGCUCUCCGCUCGCCUUUUCCCUCAGCCCUCGGGGAGCCGCCCCCGUAAGCCCGCCCGGCCCCAUAGCCCGGCGCCCCGUCCCAGCCCAGUGAGGGGCCGCGGCGGCCGGGCUGGGCUGGGCUGGGCUGGGCAGGGCGAGGCGGGGGGGUGGGUAAAAGCCCUCGCUAUGCUGCCCAGCGCCCUGUACUGGGACCUGGUGGGCUCCUCGGCUCUCCUCAACCUGCCGGCGGCGCCGGGCUUCGGCAACCUGGGCAAAAGUUUCCUCAUCGAGAACUUGCUGCGGGCCGGGGCGCCGCCGAGCCCUGCCCAGCUCCGUCCCCUCCCCGCCAGCCCCGUCCCCCUCAAGCUGUGCCCCGCGGCGGAACAAAUCAGCCCCUCAGGGGGUCCCUACCCGACAAGAUGGGCUUUUCAAGUGCUUAACCCCUCCGCGGCGGACGGCGGCCGCCUGCCAGCGCGGGCUCCGGCGGCGGAGAGAGGCGGCGUCUUCCCGCCGGCAGCCACAGCUCUUUCCAAACACUUUUUUCUCCGAGCCCCGCCAUUCUACUCAGCAUGCUGUGGUGGGUCCUGUCAGCACCCUGCAUCCCCCACUGCUUUUCCAAGAGAGGAAAGUGUGUUGCCUCUUCUGACCCAGGAAUCUAACUCCAAAGCCCGGAGAGGUAUAUUAAGAAGAGCUGUCUUUUCCGAAGACCAGAGGAAAGCUUUGGAGAAAAUGUUUCAGAAGCAGAAGUACAUUAGUAAAACAGACAGGAAGAAACUGGCCAUUAACCUGGGUCUAAAGGAGUCUCAGGUGAAAAUUUGGUUUCAGAAUCGAAGGAUGAAAUGGCGAAACUCCAAAGAAAAAGAAGUGCUUUCAAACAGGUGCCUCCAAGAAGAAGGUCUUCAGGAGAACUACCUCUCACGAUCCACCAUGAAUUUUACCUCCCCGUGCCCAUCUGUGUGGGAAGUGUCUCAGGAGCAGGCGAGUCCAAGGUGGAGGGAGACUUCUCCAGGAAAUUCUGAAAGACUUACUAGUACACAACCACCUCCAAGAGCAAAUUCAUCCCAGAGCCCACUGUAUUUGUAUCCUGACCAAGACACUGCAAAUAAGGCAGUUACAUCAUCAGCCUAAGGAAAUAGGGGCAGUUUGUAAAUUGAGUGGAGAGCAGAGGCUUCAAAUGAGCAGUGUUCUAAGACUAACAAUAUUUGGACAUGUAAAGCUAACUAGUUUAUGCCUCAUAAAUUUGCUAAAGUCUAACACCAUUAAAAUGACAAACAACUAAUGAUUUAAGAAGUAUUCUUCAAUACUCAGUCUUUUCUUGUGUCUUUUCCAGUCUUGUACUGACCUUAAAAGUGAAAUAGGAACUGAUGGUAAGUAAAAUGAAGUGAAGAGCAUGAAGCUGAAGUUGUGCUCUGGUUUAUACAUCUGCGCUGUAUAUGAUAAUUCAUUAAAAACACGCUGAUAGAGAAUCACUUUUAUUUCUCAUUGUAGUCAGACCAAUUAAUUUCUUUUGUGCACAAGAUAAGAAUAACCCUGUUUCCCUCAA